AUGGCUGCUCCGGCCUUGGAUGUUCGUGUCAUAUCCACCUUCACUGCGGUGCCCGAGGCCUCUAUCACCUCACUACUGAACAGUCCAACAACAGAGUUGGUUCAAGCACUCUUACAUGGCAUCGAGACUAGAGCGAAAGAGUAUGAACAGAAUAAAUCGCAAAAAGUAAAACUUGAAGUCGAAUUGGAGACUGUCGUCAGGACGAACGAAUCCAAAACAAAAGUCUUGCAAAACUCAAGAGACAAAGCCCUUGCCGAGUCAUCAAAACUACGCGUCGAAUUACAGACUUCUGAAAAUGCUCGGUCGCGACUGGAGACAGACCUGGAGCAAUAUCGCUCUGCGACUGUCAAUGAAACCUCCGAAACCAAUACUUUGAAGGCCCGCAUCAGUUCGCUUGAGUCUGCCAACCGUGAUACUCUUGCUCUUCUUGAGUCAAAGACAACCUCCUUCGAGAACUUGUCUCAGGAACUCUCCGCUCAGCAUCAGAAGGGUGUUGAGCUUCGCAAGCAAAUCACCGCGCUUGAACAAUCUACCCAGGCGGCCAACUCUACCGUAGCCUCCGCCAAAUUCAAAGAGCAGAGUCUACAACAAGAGGUUGAGAUGCUGAAGAAAAACAACGAGUGGCUGGAGAAUGAACGCAAGAUCAAGGCCGAUGAACACACUGCUUUCCGGAAGGAAAAGAAUGCUCGUAUCUCAGAACUCUCCAGGUCGAACGAGCAGUACAUUUCCGAAAUUGAAACUUUGAGACGAUCAGAGACUUCCUUGAAGAAUCGUCUCGAAGACCAGGCGACAAAAUACGAGGACCUGUUGGAAGAGAAGCAGAAAUUGCAAGAGGAACAUAUUUCAUCCGAAGAUGCUUUCAGGAGGGAGGUGGAAACCACCAAACGCCUUGCCGACUUACAACAAGCGACAGCUGAAACAGCCAAAGAACGAGUCAAAGAGCUCUUGGUUGCUCUUGAUGAAGCCCGUGCCGAUGCUGCCGACGAAAUAGGUGCCAUUCGUGCGGAGAGCGAGACCGAGCACGCUGAUAAAGUCGCCGCUGAAGAGAGGGUGGCUGAGCUUGAAAGUGCACUCGAACAAUUGAGAACAGAACUUGAAGACAGUCGCGCUCGACCAAGCACCCCACAACGUCCUACCAAUGGUGUUGGUUUCUCUACGCCUCUUCGACCUGGAACUCCCAGCGGUGUCUUCUCGCCGCACUCCAUCUCGAGACCAAAAGCUCAAAUGACAAUGACCCAAUUGUUCAGCGAGUACAAGAAGUUGGAAAGCGAACUGGCCUCUGAGAAGCGUGCUAGUGAACAACUUCGAAGUAAUCUCGAUUCGAUGGUUGAAGAACUUGAGAACAACAAGCCUGAGAUAGAGGAAUUGCGGAUGGAUCACGACCGUCUACAGACCGAGAUCAUCGAAAUGUCAACGAUUGUUGAUCAGGCGAACAGUGCUCGUGAGAGUUCUGCCAAAGAGCUAAGAGCGGUACAAGGAAACCUCGAAAGCAGAUCCAAAGAGGUUCAAGUGCUGGCUCAGCAACUUCGUGACUUGGGCACCCAAAUUCGGUUCUUGCUUAUUGAACAACAUAUCAAGGAGCACGGUGGCAGUAUGACACGCGAGGAUUUUGACCAACUCGAAGCCCAGGCUAAUCAAGCAAUGACGGAGGAUAUGGCAAAUCUCUCGGAAACCCAGCAGGUCAUCAACCAGCGCCUGAUAGUCUUCAAAAACAUCACCGAACUUCAACGGCAAAAUGAGGAUCAACUGAAGACCAUCCGCAAUCUGGUCAUCGAGCUUGAAAGCAACGAAGCCAAAGAGAAGGAGUUACAAAAUCAUGCCUUGCAACAAGAAUUGGAAGAGGCUCGUCAAAACAUUGCCACCUAUAAGGAUGAGCUCAAGUCUCAGAUGGCACAAAGUAAGAGUUUUGCGAAGGAGCGCGACAUGCUACGGAAUAUGCUCGUUAGACGAGGACAUCUUCCUGGAGGCGUUCAACCAACGGAUUUCUCAAAAUCUCUGCCGAUUCCAGCAGCCGAAUCGCCUGCUGCAUCUGUGACUGGGGAGUCGGAUUACGCCAAACUGCUCAAAGACGUGCAACAUCACUUUGAUUCUUUUAGACAGGAGUCGUCAGCAGACCGAACCACACUCAAGACUCAAGUUGAUGAGCUCAGUCGGAAGAACUCCCAGCUACAGACCGAAAUCAGCCGGACUGUUGGUCAAUUGACUGCUGCCAAUCAACGUUAUGAGAUGCUUCAAGCGAAUUACAAUUCGCUCAAAACCGAAAACGGCGAAAUUCAGAAGAGAUCAUGGUCUGCCAUGGAAAAUGCUACCAAGCAAGAGCUUAAGACUCAGCAAGUGGCCGAGGAACUCGUAGAAGCUCGUGGGCUUCUCGAUAGUUUGCGUCGUGACUCUGCGAAUCUGAAGGCGGAGAAGGAUCUUUGGAAGAGUGUCGAACGCAGACUUAUUGAAGACAAUGAAUCUUUACGCACCGAGCGUGGCCGACUCGACUCGUUGAAUGCUAGCCUUCAGACCAUGAUCAAUGAGCGAGAACAAACCGAGGCUGAAAGUCGACGAAGAUUGCAAUCGCAGACAGAAGCCCUCGAGACUGAGCUGCAAUCAGUCAAGCGACAGCUAAACCAGGAGCUUGAGGAGAGCAAGAAGCUAUCACUUCGACGUGAGUAUGAGCACGAUCAAAGCCAGAAGCGGAUAGAUGAUCUCGUAACAAGUUUGGGGUCAACGAAGGAGGAACUGGCCUCAGCCAAGACUUCUCGUGACCACCUCCAAGCCCGGGUGGAUGAGAUGACAGUGGAGCUUCGCUCAGCCGAGGAAAGACUUGAAGUGUUCACACGCCCUGCGGAGCCAUCAGUCGACGUCAACGCUACUGAUGAGGCUUCCCUUACAAAACAACAAGAGUUGGAGGUCGAGAUUUCAGAACUCAAACGUGAUCUUGAGCUUAAGAUUUCAGAGCUUGAACGAGCCAACGAACAGGUCGAGGUAUACAAAAGCAUCAGCCAAUCAAGUGAAGAACGGUUACAAGAGCUGGGCGACACAAAUGAGCAAUAUCGUGAGGAAACUGAAGCAGCUCUCGCCGAAAAAGACGCCAAAAUCAAGGACCUCGAGCAACGCGCUGAAGAUAUCUCCAGCGAACUCAGCACGACAAAUUCCGAGCUCUCGCGGCUACGUGACGAGCAGGCAGAAGCAGGCCGAAAAUUGGAUGAACAAAAAUCCAUUUUUGAGGCUGAUAUUGAGCGCUUGAAGGAGGAGGCCGUGAAAAGUGCCGAACAGGCCCAAUUUAACCUCGAAGCCUCGAAAAUUCAAGCACAAAUCGCUACAGAAGCUCAACAAAAUUACGAAAAUGAGCUUGUCAAGCAUGCUGAGGCUGCUAAGACCGUGCAAAUCGUUCGAGAAGAAGCCAAUCAAUUGAAACUACAGAUGGUAGACCUCAAGACUCAAGCCGAGACAGCCAAAGCCAAUCUCGAACAGAAAUCAAGCAGCUGGGACGAAAUGAAGGAUCGCUUCGAGCGAGAAGCUGCUGACCUGAAGAAACGCCGGGAAGAAGUGGCAAAACAAAACAACCUCCUGCACAAUCAACUCGAAAGUGUCACACAACAAAUAAGUGCUCUUCAACGUGAUCGUGCCGCCCUAGCAGAAGGCCAAGACAGCGAGCCUUCUGGUCCAUCGACAGCCGAAUUGGACAAGCUACAGGAGGUCAUCACUUAUCUUCGUCGUGAAAAAGAUAUCGUGGAUAUGCAAUAUCAGCUCUCGACUCAAGAAGCCAAGAGGUUACGACAACAAUUGGACUUUACUCAAUCUCAGCUUGAUGAAACCCGCCUCAAGUUAGACCAACAACGACGCAUCGAGGCUGACGCAGAGCGCAAUGCUUUGAGCCAUAAUCAGUUGAUGGAUACUCUGAAUGAGCUCAACCUCUUCAGAGAAAGUAGCGUCACUCUCCGUGCUGAGGCCAAGAGAUCUGCUCAGGUUCUCGCAGAAAAGUCUACCCGAGUUGAAGAGCUUGAAGGUCAACUACAGACUUUGAAUGCUCGAGUAGCGGAACUCGAAAAUCUAGUCGAGUUACGAGAGGGCGAAUUGAAACUGAGUCAGGAAGACCGGGACCAUUGGCAACAACGAACUCAGAACAUUUUGUCGAAGUAUGAUCGAGUUGACCCAGCAGAUCUGGAGGCUCUAAAGGAAAACAUCAGCACUCUCGAGACCGAACGUGACGAGGCACGCAACGAGCUGAGUACUGCUGCUACAGAAUUGGAUCAAGCUAAAGCCGAGUUGCAAACACAAAUCGAUGGACAACAAGCAGCGAUCAAAGAGUCUAACGCGGACUUGAGAUCGCGGUUAAGCACUCAGUUCAAAGAGGUCGUCCAGAAGAAUAAGGCCGCCCUCAACGAGGUCAAAGCUCAACUCGACGCUGCAGUAGCCGAGAAAGACUCUCUCCAGACUGAACUUGACUCUACCAAAGAGCAAUUGGAAUCGUCUCAAGCACAGGCUGCGGCAGUACCGCAAGCUCAGGUCAAUGGCGAUCAUGGAAAUGCACCGAAUGAAGCCUUGAACGAGCGUAUUGCUGAGCUGGAGGCGAAGGUCACUGAGCUUGAGACCGCUUUAGCGGCGAAAGAGAAAGAACUCGACGAAUUUCAAUCAACGCAGGAGGAGAAAUUCAAGUCACGCGUUGCUGCAAUGGAGAAGGUGCUUAAUGGGCGUCUGAAGGAAGUCAAGCAGGACGCCCAAGCAUCUAAGGCUGCGGCCCUCGAAGAACUAGCAACUAGACUCAAUGCCGAACAUGAGCAAGAGCUUCAAGCUGCCAGAACUCAGGCAAAUGCAACAGCACCUGAAUCUGCAACUCCCACAGAUAAAGCCAAUCAAGCUUCUGCACCGGAAUCACAACAACCUGCAGACGACAUCACCCAGCCUGAAAGCCCUGCCAUAAAAAUCGAAAGCCUCCCUAACGAGGUAUUGAGUGCGGGAGUGACCAAACCACAGUUAUUGUACUUGGCUAAAUCGAACCCAAUGAUGAAGGAACUUGUUAGCAAUACCAUUGCAAAACGAGUUGACCUAGAGAAGCAAGCUUUACAAAAAAAGUUUGAAGAAGAAAGGGCGAUGGCCAAGGAGAAUGGCCAAGUAUCUGAGCAGCCUAACGAUCUAGAAGAGAAACUGCAGGCUCAGAUAGAGGCAAUCAUCCAGGAGGAAGAGGCUAAAUUUAGCCAAGAAAAAGAGAACUUGGUGAAACAACAUCAAGAUGUCCUGGCUCGAGAGAAACAGUCCUUGGUCAUAAAACACCAAGAAGAACUCAGCUCCCAGCAGCUUCAAUUUGAUGAGGACUCACAAAAGAAAAUCGCAGAGCAAAUUAAGAAUGCCGAACAGCUCUGGGAGAAGCGAGGCGCAGUUAAGCUCAAUAUGGCUCAGAGAAGCGCGCAACUUGCUAAUGCCAAGAUCGAGGUUGUGAAGAAGGCCGCUGAGGAGACACCCACCAAGCCAGUGAGUGAGGUCUGGGAGAUCGCGAAAGAUGCGAAACCAGCUCCAGCACAGCCAAAACCUGCUACGCCCUUACCAACGGCACCUGCAGUACCAAGCUCUGCGCCGGCGCCAGCGGCUGUGGCCACCCCUGCCGUCCAGCAACCACCUGUUCAGGCCGAGUCAAAGACGGAAACGGCCGUUGCCCCUCAGCCGCAACCUUCGAGUGUUGAUGGUGUGGGAGAACCCAAGGCCACAGCUGCAGCAGCCCAGGAUAAACCUCUUCAACAAAUCCACCCUGUGGAAUCUAUGAAGCCUCAGCAAACGCAGGCACCUAAUGCAUUGCAACAAUUGCAGUCAGGCAUCCCUCGUGGAGGAGCAUCUCGCGGACGUGCAGGGAGUGGCAUACCUCGAGGUCGAGGAGGCGCACCCAGAGGUGGACGUGGAGGAAAUCAGGGCGGGAAUGCCCAACAGGCAAAUCGAGGUGGGCACGCACCGGGAAGUCCGAAUCGAGGAGGGCUUAAUCCACAAGCUGCGCAAUUCAACCCUGGAGGAGGAAACAAGAGAGCCCGAGAUGAUGGUGCAUCAGAGGAUGCCAGUCAAGGCAAGAGACUUCGAGGAGAAGCAGGCUCGACUUGA